GGCGGACUGAAGCAACAUGACAGCAGCCCGUGAAAACACAGCUGUGAGUGUGGGAGAAAGAGCAGAAAGUGAUGAGGAGGCCAAACUGCAGAUGUUAAAAGGUGCAGCGUUUCUGACCACGGUGGCGUCUGCAGGGAUGAUCGCAGGAUUCGGCUCCACGUUGGCGCUUGCCAAGAAAAAAAGCCCAGAGUGGUUUAAUAAGGGUGUCGUAGCCACCACGGCGGCCCCAGAGAGCGGGGCCUCUCUGGCCCUCAGAGCUCUGGGUUGGGGCUCUCUGUACGCCUGCUGUGGAGUCGGUCUGCUCAGCUUCACUGUGUGGAAAGUCCUCGGUGUUCACAGCCUGUCUGAGUUCAGACAGAAGAUGCAGUCCUUCUUCCCGCCCAUCCCGAAGUCCACCGAGUCUGCAGCUGGAUCUGAACCUCUGGACUGGGACUCCAUCUUCAAGUCGAAGUAACCUGCCGCUGCUGCUGGAGGACCAAUCAAACGAGACGACAGAGAGACUGAAAAGAAUUGCUGACAUGUUUCUAACGAGUUACAGAGACUCAGCAGAGACUGGAGAACCCUCUGGAUCACGUUGGUCCCCAGACUGCAGGAAAACACUGUUUAUAAAAGAUGUGUUUGAGUUUGCGCAUCACUUGAACAACAAACAUUUGUUUCUCUGAAUACGAACUUGUGAUUUGACCUUUAGUUUGUUGGUUUCUUUUUGUUUUUUUCUUGGAGACAGACGGGAGGAGGAGGAGGAGGAGAAACAUUUUAGCUUCACUUAUAUUUUGCUGCUCGGGUGUUUUUUUUUAUUUUAUUUAAAGCUGUGACUUUAAAGUAAAGGAAGAAGAACUCCACUGAAAAUAUGUUCAAUUGAUAAAGGUCAGAGGUCACGAUGAAACGUCGGGUCGAUGUUCGACCAGAUUGUAGAUUGUUGUUGAUGCUCUUUUGCUGCGCUUGUUUUUCCCACCAGGCCAUCCUUCCCAGUCUGAAGGCGGGUGGAGGUAGUGGCUAAAAUAAAAAGCAAAAAUCCAUUGGUUCGGUUAUUUUCCAACAUUAAUCCUUAUUUAAGCAGCUCAGCUAACAGAAGGACCCACAGGAGAAAAUAUUGUUAACAUGUGUUAGCAUGAUAGCAUUCUAAAGUUAGCAUAAAAUAUGUUUGAAAAUUAAAUUACUUCAUAUACUGCUGGGUAGCUUGUCAGUUUUCCCUUGAGGAUCAAUUAAGUUUUAUUGUAUUUUUGCCUGCCAUUUACAAUUUAAUUCAUUAACUGUUUAUAUUUUCUGUUAUCAAUCCAAGUCUGCAAAAUAACUGAAGUUAUCAAAGUCCAGCGCUGAAGUAAACAUACGUAGUGAAACAGACUGGUGGUUACAGAGAUAUUGUGGUAUAUAGAUGAUAUUACUCCGUCUGAGCUGGUGUGAAAUGAAGUUAUUAUACUAUGACACGUACAACCUGAUAUUUCAGGUGCCUU